UACUGUUUUAGGCAUGUCUUCUACUGUCCUGAUAAAUCCAGAAGCACAAAGUGUUGGGAUUCGCUGCCGUGUGCAUUUCCCUGAUGGUAAAGUAGAUGACAGAGAUAUAUUUGAACACUGGAUGGCUUGUGAGCUUAAAGAACGGUUGUUAUUUUCCUAUCCAAAUCUUGAUUCUUACAACUAUGAUGUGAUCAUCCGUUUCAAUGACGACUCACAGAAUGUCAUUCCAGAUGAAACAGAGUUAAAUGCAGAAGACCUAAAGAGAUGUAAAGGAAUUUAUAUUGCCAUUAAAGGACAAGAAGGAAACAAAAAGCUAACACCUAUUGGAAACAUAAAUCUCAAAUGAAUUCCAAGAUUCUUAAAAUAUCAAAAACUAGUUGGACGGUUUGCAUGUGACUUACUGGGAAUAGACCUAUCUAAAAAAAUACUUGUUUAUAUAUUU